UGUAUGUGUUUACAAUCUUUCCUAACAAGCUUAAAUUCGCAGCUGCUGUUCCUCAUGAAACAAGUGUAGGCGAUACCGGCAAGAGAAAAUAAUGACAAAUGUAUUAUUUGCUACUACUCAUUUAGUACGAUAUAACAGAAUGUGUUUGUUUCGUACUUGUAGAACAGGCGGGGUAGCCAAAUAAUCUGUCGCAUCGUCAGGCCACCCACCCACCAUAUGCAGCAGUGAUUUUUAAGAAGUGGGACAAGCGAACAGAUGGCGCAUCUAGGCUGCGCGCGACAGGGACACCUACAGUGUUGAAACAGUGUUGGGUAUGAACAAGGCAGCUAGUAAAGGGGUGUUUUAUGUAGUCUACAUCUUUGCCAUUUCUGAGUGGAUUGGAUAAUAUUACAUCGCAGGAUUUCCUACUGCCUCUGAACCGUUGCUUGAGUUUACUUUGGCGCGGGUAUUGGAAAACACGCAGUGACAGGGCCAUCGCCACCGGUAGCUAUAAUCAGAGAGGGGAAGAGGCGAAGCGAAGCCUUUGCUAUAAUCUCCUAUUUGACGCCUCUCUCAGUUGGUAAACAAUGGUUGACAACCGUUAUGCCACGGCUUUGGUUAUCAGCUGUGUGCUCAGCGUGCUGGCUACGGUGUACCUGUCUGUAGCGGUUGGGACGCAGCACUGGUACCAGUACACCAGUCCCCCGGUGCGUGGCGAGGCCAACGUAUCCGAACUGCGGUCGCUGCAUGAUGAAUUCAUGGAAGGGGAAUUCGAUGAGAAGACCUACAGCGACACGCUCUUCCGUCUCAACGGGACCAUAGGCCUCUGGUGGCGCUGCGUUCUGGUACCAUCUCAUACCCACUGGUACAAGGAGUCAGAUCCAAAGAUGGUAAUGAAGUGUGUUAGCUUCACGUUAACACAGCAGUUUACCCCAAAGUACAAAGAGCCAGGGAACCACAACAGUGGAGAGGACAUGCUGCGGACCUACCUGUGGAGGUGCCAGUUCCUGCUGCCAAUAAUCUCCUUAGGUCUGGUGGUGCUGGCAGGCUUGAUAGGGUUCUGUGCCUGCCUCUGCCACAGUCUCACCCCCACCCUGGGCAUAGGAAUGCUCCACCUACUGGCUGGGCUGUGUACUCUAGCCACAGUCUGCUGUUACCUGGCAGGGAUGGAUCUCCUCCACAGGGUCUCUGUGCUGCCAGACAAGGUGGACGGCUCCCUGGGCUGGUCUCUCUACCUGGCCCUCAUCUCGUCCCCGCUGCACAUGAUGGCUGCCGCUCUUCUGGUGUGGGCGGCACGCAGCCACAGUCAGAACUACUACCGCAUGACUGCCUACAGGGUAGCAUAGAGACCAGGUCUGCUGGUGCCUGACUAUCUGUUUUAUAUAGGCACAUUUCCAAAUCAAAACCAUAACUCCAACCACAUGAUACUUGUUGAUCUUGAAAUAACUGAAUAAGAAUAUAGAAAAUGCUAAUCUUUGCCCUCUGAUAGGCUACUGGGAUUUUCACCCUAUUGCUUUCACACAGUUGCUUAUCCAAUCAUUUCAGAUCUAUAAAAGUGCCUAGUGUAGGGGUGAGGAGUUGACAUUGGGAAACAGAGUGACCCAGAACAAAAUGUACCAUUGGUUAGACCAACAAGCAUAUAAUUGUUUAUAAUAGACUUUCCAAACCGUAACCAGCCACAGUCAGAGCUGCUUUCAGUCGACUCUCAUAUGCACUAGCAAGAAAUAUUAUUGGCCCAUGUUUGGAAAAUCAAACCGUUCUGUAAGAAAUAUGUUUAUGGCGAUUGAAGUUUAGUCCAAACAUUUGAGUACAGUACCAGUCAAAAGUUUGGUCACAUCGACUCAUUCCAGGGUUUUCUUAUUCUACAUUGUAGAAAAA